CCUUCCUGAGAUGACUGCUUCCCCGCUUUGUGUAAGAUGAGUGAUAGUAAAAUUGCCCCUUUGGGGAAAGAAGUUUUGUUUGAUUUUUUAGAAAAACAUAAAGCGCGACCCUCUGUGCCUGGGGUAGACUGGGCUCAGGGAAAUUGGUAUAAUCUGCAGAGCGUUGUUGAUCAGAUCGUGGCUUUACAGGAAGAUGCUAGAGUGUGGUCAGGGAAAGGAAAAGCAAUCGUCUGUGCCGUUCUCGGUGCCAGUCUGGCCACAGCAGUGGAGGAUAGGGAUUGCCACCUCACUGCAGAAUCUCAAAUUAUUGAAUCCCUCCAAAAUCUUGUUCAGUCCCUUAUGGGACAAGUGGCGGGAUUAAAAGCACAACUUGAAGCAGAAAAGAACCAAGUGAAACAUUUGCAAAUUGCUCUUAAGAAGCAGCUCCUUGCGGGUACUGUCCGUGAGGAAAUUCCUCCAAGAUCAGAAAUUGGCUACCCCUUUAAGGACCUGCAGGCAGCAAAAGAGGAAGUGGAGAAGUUGGAGCUGCCUUCAUUGUGACCCUUAGUCAAAACUGAAUAUAUUUAUGAUGAUGAGCAGGACCAAUUCCCCCAAGUUACAACUAAAGAGGUCCCCUAUACUGCCACUGAGUUGGCAAAACUAAAAAAGGAAUUUGGCCGAACCCCUAAGGAGUCAGAAAUGGAGUAUGUGUGGAGAGUAUCGUUGUCGGGGGGGGACCAGAUUCUGUUAAGCGAAAAGAAGGUGGAAGGGUAUUGGGGACCAGGAGUGUUUUUAACUACUGGGGAUUACCGUGCCCCCUGGUCUUUAACCCAACGGGCAGCCUAUUGGGCGGGGGGUUUGAACCCCUUGGAGGGGGAUCCCCUCGCGAUUACGGGGACUGUUGAUCAAUUAGUGGAGAGUGUGCAAAAGGCAGCUUGUCUGCAGAUGAUGUAUGAUCGAAAAUUGGAGCCUACACAGGAGUCCCUGAUGAUGAUGUCGGUGGACCCUGAGCGAAUGACUCCCCUUAUAAGGGGACUCCCUGAUUCUCUGAAACCAGUUGGUAUACAAGGAAAGAUACAGGAAGGGGAUCCCGCGUGA